AUGGCAACAUCAUCUCUUUCUCUAAGAGAAUAUCAAAUCCAAUCACUAAAAACUCUACUGAGUUUCAACAAUCCAAAUCAACAACUCACCAACAGCACUGAAUCCGAUCCGAGUUCAUUACCACCAUGGAAAGUGCUUAUCCUAGACCAAAGGUCACAAGACAUACUAGCAACGAGUCUAAGAGUUCAAGACUUAAGAUCUUUAGGUGUGACACUUCAUAUGCAACUGAAUACAGAUCGACCAGCACUUCCAGAUGUACCUGCGAUUUAUUUUGUUAGUCCGACUAGAGAAUCAAUUCAACGGAUCGGUAGAGAUCUUGAAAAAGGACUCUAUGAAACGUUUUAUUUAAACUUUACUAGUUCUUUACCUAGACCUUUGUUGGAAGAAUUGGCUAGUUUAGUGAUUGAGAGUGGGGCUGAUGCUUCAGUUUACGAUCAGUAUCUCGAUUUCAUUGUGCUUGAACCUCAUCUAUUUUGUCUUUCAUAUACCGGUAGUAGUUCAGGACCUAAACGGACAACAUACGAGAUCCUGAACGAUCCGCGUGCGUCAGAAGAAGAUGUUGAACAAACUGCCGAUAGUAUUGCAAAAGGACUUUUCAGUGUAGUAGCAACAAUGACCCAGUUACCGAUCAUUCGUUGUCCACGUGGAAAUGCUGCGGAGAUGGUUGCUCGAAAGUUGGAUAGCCGAUUACGUGAUUAUCUUUUGUCAUCAAGAUCUAAUCAUCUCUUUACGUCGGAAUCGGGACGACCGGUCUUAUUGAUCCUCGAUCGGAAUAUCGAUCUGGUACCAAUGUUGAGUCAUAGUUGGACUUAUCAAGCUCUGGUUAAUGAUGUACUUGAGAUGAAACUCAAUCGUGUCACUGUUGAGACACCAGAGGCUGGUCGGUUGCAGAAAAGGGUCUAUGACCUUGAUAGUAAAGAUUUCUUUUGGGCUAAAAACUCUAGCAAGCCGUUUCCAGAAGUGGCAGAAGAGAUUGAUACCGAACUCAACAAGUAUAAAUCUGAUGCAGCUGAGAUUACACGGUCAACAGGGAUUGGAGAUAUUAAUGAUGUUUCACAAAUUGACGUCACAUCUAAUGCUGCACAUCUAAAGGCUGCCAUCACCGCUCUGCCUGAACUCACCGCACGUAAAACUACACUGGACACUCAUAUGAACAUUGCUACCGCCUUACUCCAAGGGAUCAAACAUCGAGGGCUUGAUACUUUAUUCCAAAUGGAAGAUUCGAUUUCUAAACAGAACCGACCAAGCUUAUUAGAAGCUCUCAAAGACCCAGAAAAACAUGAACCGAAUGAUAAAUUAAGAUUGAUGUUGAUUUAUUAUUUGAGUAAUAAUGAGAUCUCAAAGGAAGAUUUGAUAGAGUAUGAAAGAGCGUUGAAUGAAUGUGGAGUGGAAAGGAUGGGGAUUUGGGAGUAUGUUAAGAAGAUUAGGGAGAUCUUGAGGAUGACGAAUUCGAUGAGUUUAGGUAGUGCUAGUGUGCCGACUUCGAUGUCUAACACUGGUGGUCCAGGUGGUGAACUGUUUAGAGGGUUUAGUGCGAUCAGUAAUCGGCUAACAGAUCGUCUAAAAGAAGGAGGAUUAGGUGGAGGAGCAUUUGAUAAUAUCUUAUCAGGUGUUAAAAACUUUUUACCAGGAAGGAAAGAUUUUGGAGUCACCAGAUUGGUAGAAGCAGUUAUGGAUCCAAGUUCAGGAUCUAAUCAAGCUUUAAUGGAUACAGAUGAUUAUCUUACAUUUGAUCCUAGAUCAGGUAGGAACAUGCCAUUAGGAGGACUGAAUAAUAAGAAAACCAGAGUUGGCUUUAGUGAAGCGAUUGUCUUUGUGGUGGGUGGAGGAGGAUAUGUUGAAGCUUCGAAUCUUCAGGAAUUUGCGACUCGAGCUAGUCUUAGUGGUGGGAUGGGUGGAAGUAAGAAGAUUACAUAUGGAUCUACUGAGAUUUUAACACCUAAUGAAUUUUUAGAUUCGUUGGAUAGAUUAUCAAAAGUGAACACAUGA